CCCUUUUUGGUUGUAUUCGUGCUGUCAUGUAUGUUGUCGUCGCUCGGUUCCGUGGUGUCUAUUCGCGAUCGAGUCGAUUCGCGUACGAAUGUAGAUUUUAGAUUAAUUUAUUUUUUUCAACGCUCUCGUUCCACUUUUUAAUAUUUCUUUGUUUUUUAUACUGUGCUACUAUGUGCUGUGAUACGCUAAUUGCUUUGCAGUGAAACAAAGGGCAUCCUUUUCGUGAUUAAACGAAAGCAAUCGCUUUAUGAAUAUGAUGUCACUGUUAUUAGAUCCUUGAAUAAUGAGUGUAAGUGUUGAAGACGUUUCUAGUCCUUUAUCCGAAGGACAGAGUAGUGUUUUAGAAGUGGGUGAUAAAAUAGAAUGUGAAGUGAAACCUGCUGAUAAUGUUGAGGAAGGUCAGUCAGAGUCUUCCGCCCCAAAACCGCAUCCAAUGGCGUUUACGGUCGACUUUGGGGAGGCGAAGAAAAUCGACAAUCGUAGGCUUGAAGAGCUAGCGAAAAAGUCCCAAGCGCGUCAUCAAAGAGUGCAAUCUAUGUCUGCCAGUGUGCCUAAAUCUAGCCCUAUCUCGCAACGGCUGUCGAUGAGCGCUAAGCUACCGCGAAAGGCUCAAGGCUACAACUCGGAAGGCUAUUUUUCCUCAGACCAAGAAGACGGUGGUUUGUCGUCGUCCGUUAAACUCAGAAGCAGUCCACUAGCACAAAACACUGACAAAACCAACAGCCCUAUUAACCGACAAGUGAAAUCACCUAUAGAUAUAUUCCAGCCGAAAUGUACGUCCAAAAGUCCGAUUGUAGAUAGUAUUAUGUCAAGAAGUGAGAAUUAUACCACCCGUCAAGCUCUUAACUUGCCGUUAAAAGCGAACAGUUCCUAUUUAAGAGACGUCCAUAAAAGCCCAAGUUAUGGUAACCUUGCUAACUAUCAUAGACACCCAAUGGCUGAUAUUGUCGAUCACAGCCCUGAAGGUGUCAUGCUUACAGACAUAUCCAGCCCCGAAUUAGAUAUAUUAACCCCAGACAAUGGUUUGUCAACACCAGAACCUUCAAAAAGCCCCAUAUCUCGUAAAUUUAGAGCUACGUCAGAAACGCCAGAUUUGUUUAAGAAAUGUCCGCCUCAACCUCAGUUGUAUAUAGAUGAUGAGGUCGAUAGGCAAUCAAAUAACUCCUCUACUGGAACUUAUACAAUAGAAGGUGAUAAUUACACUGAAGAACAAAAGGCCAGGAUGAGUAUAGAUAGAACAUUUGGGACACAUUAUCUCAAUGAAGCUAUAGACGAAUCAUUGAAACGUAGAAGCAUAGAGAGCAACCCCGAGCUUAUAUUUGACUACACAAACCCCGCUGUUAUUACAAAAGAACCUAGACGUGAUCUAUGCUUACGAAGUGCUUUGCCAAUAACAAAAAACAUAGAUCUACCUAAUAAAAUUGCGAAAGACAAAAACGUCUUAGAAAUAUCGUGCUGUUACGAAUCACCGACUGAGAGCGAUCUGGCCGCACAAACGUCGAAACAAAUUAAAUCGACACGUAGCUAUUUAGAAAAAAUAAAAAACAGGGUACGGACUAUCACUGAGAAGACGUUCUCUAAAUCGCCUCCUAAGCAUGGCGAGGAAGGUGACGUCGGUAUGUUUACAUCCGUUACAACGUCUGGUGUUUUGAGUUCGAAAUAUCCAGUGAAAGUUGAAAUACCCAGUCGAAGGCGUUGUAGCUUAACAAAAUCAGAAAUAGACCAGACUGACUAUAUCCAUCGGUUAUCUAGAGAAUCCUCAGUUCCCGUAUCGUUACCUAGUAGCAAGAAUAUUUUAGAGGAAGCUAAAUUCGAGAGCACAGCUUUAAAAAAUGCUCAAAAGGCGCUGCAGGCUGAGAAACCUGACAUCUCCCCAGAGCAGGUUGUUAAUCAACUGUCAUAUUUAAGUCUGAAUAGAUGUAAGGGCGAUAAGACAUGGAUACAGGAUUGGGCGGACAGCGUUAAGAAGUACAAUAACAAUACAAUUGCGAACGAGUCUGGUGAUCUUAACAGCACAUUUUCGCUUGAAGAUCGCCCGCCAAUUAGCCCAAGACUACACCCAAAUAAAUCCCGCAGCCCGCAUGGCGGCACACCCACUAAGAUACCCAGCCCCGUCGGGACACUUUUACACCGCAGGACACCGGAUCUCAUUCCACCACAAGACACGGAGUCCUACCUUCUGAAGACGCAAAAUGCCAUCACGAAUCUACAAGCGAAGCUACAUUCAGCUAGGAACAGCAAUGCGUCCACCAUUCCUUCACAACUUACCACCAGUCUCAUCAGUGAGAAGACAAUAGUAUCCCGCCUUCCGCUCUCACAGCUCAGCAGAUCAAACUCUCUCAAUUACCGCUUACGAAGAAGAGACAAUGGCGGCGAUAGCAGCCCCCUACGCAGCCCAGGCCACUACGUCAUCACCGGGUCCUCGAAAGUUCCAGAGAAUUCUAGAAUCCUACUCAAUUCAGCGUCCCGGUCUCUCGACGCAGAAGCCCGCCGAGAUUCCAACAUGAACAGUCCCAGCUCGGACAGAGGCUUAUUGAGCAACAGUUCAGAUGACAAAACACUGUCGAAUCGUCCGCAAUACGAAGUGGACACUAUUCUAUCACCGCACAGAAAAACGCACACACGACACAGAUCUUUCGGCGGCAGAAACACAGAGUUUGUCAACGAUAACAACAACGCAAACCAAGCCGUGUGUCUCAAGACGGUAUUGAAAAACAACGCCUUGGAUACCAAGGAGUUUAGGAUCGAUCAAACUCGUUGUCAGGGCGAGAAGAAGCAUCAGAGGGUUUCGAGCGAUAGUAAAGCUAAACCGGCUUACAAUAACGCCGCUUUUGGCCUAUCCAUCAGGCGGUCCAGCUCUUUUAAUACGGUCAACAAAAACAAUAACAUCAUCGACCCGAGAUUGGUGUCGAGAAGAUCCAGCGGACAGUCAGAAGAGUAUAAAGAUUAUUCGGACGAAUCGGACAACGGGUCGUUCGAUAAAUCGCAGGAUUUGAGGUACAAGCGGCAGAUCAACAGAGGCAGAAUCGAUUCGCCGGAUUUCAAAUCGAUAGCACCCGCCAAUUCGCCACGAUGUCCCAACACGCCAGAGAUGCAGAGGAAGUUCGGGCCGGGAUUGGUCAGGAACUCCGUGCGAGUCACCAAUAAGGAGCGAGUUGUCAACACGCGGAUGUCGGAACCGCCAAUGGGGAGAGAGGAGCGGGCUAAACCGACCAAUCAUCAGAGCAGGAGAGCGGCUGAACCGACGCGGCAAGCCGUUUUGACGAGACUCUCCAAAUCUAGAUCAUCUACACGGGAACCUCAGAAGCUAGAUAAAGGUCAAAAGAAACCGAACCAACACCGUUCAUCAUCAGCUCUCGCGACGAAAGAAAUAGAGUUCUCCAAUUGGAAGAAGAGGGCUUCAUACGACCCCAUGAAGGCGGCGCAGGAGGGUAGAAAGAGACAGCAGAUGGCGAAACGGCAGGAGUGUAACAAGGACGACCUUAGUUCGCCUAGCCAAUCAUCGCCAGUCCACCGGUCGCAGUCGUUCCACACCACCAACAUAGCUGAUCUGACCCUUGACUACUCCUCCGAGGGUACGGAGGACGAUCAGCCCACGCUGCCCAUAGAUCCGAUGAUAACAUCAACCCAUUCGGACAUCCUGGAUGUCAGGAGACGGGCAAUGAGCAACGACGUGGUUCUGGGGCGGGAGUACGUGGCCAACUUUAAGGUGAACCAACCAGACAAGAAGCACACGCGCAAACACGCGACCAAACCGGACAAGGACACAAUUGACAAGCGGAGGACGUUCAUCCUGGACAGCGACUCCACGACCAACGGCAGCAGCCCCAGGAACAGCUCCAUCUUCAAUAUGUACAGCGGUGACUACUCAAUGUCUUCGUCGACGACCUCAGCGAGCCACAAAAAGCCGAAAGAGAUACAGCCUAGAUAUCUAGACAUAUCUAAAUAUAAAUCUGAGAAUUCGCCCAAAAACUUCCUGAGACGGGACCCGAGCAAGACGUAUGUGGGGGUGCUAAAUAACAAUGAGAAAAAUGUUAGCAAAGGCAGCGCUCAGCAUUAUGAAAUGGAACAAAAGAAACAAGAGUUAGAGAAGUGGAAACGAAGGGCGUCGUACGAUCCACGCAAGGCGGCGGCGCUCGGCAAGUCGACUAAAACACCGCCCAAGACUGCGAGUAACGUUUUGCGAUCGCAGUCAUUCCACGGGCCGGUGCUCUCGCCGAAUCUCCGCUACCAGCCAACGCCGGCUCUCAUAAACGAGUCAUACGACGCUUCGAGCGAUAACGACUUCUAGGCGUCUCUAAACGCCAAUGUGAUAGUGUUGUGUUAAAAUAUUUAUUUAUAACGUGUAUCCGAACGUGUUUUGCUUUACCUAUACUAUAGCUGUCAUUUUGCCGCCAAUUUAAUGCAACAUGAUUAGGGGAUGCUGCAAUUUUUUCGUUUUUUUUUUUUUUAAAUACAUCGCACAAAAUAUGCAAUAUGCGUGCACGUUUCUUUUUAUUGUAUAGUAUUUACACGGUUAAUGUAUCGAAUAAUUUAAGAUACAGUUAAAUUUAUGUUAAGACGAUGAAUCGGUCUUAAGUAUACAUUUCAGGUAUAAGUAGGUAUUUAAUAUAUUAAUUGUAGUCGGCGUCCGAUAAUAAUGAAUGCAGUAAUGAAUUUGUAGAUUAUACUUGCUCAUAUCAUAUAUACAUCGAUUUAUUUGUUUAAUUGUAGUGAUAGCUAGAUUAUUUUAGUAGUGCAAUAAUUAUACAUCACAUCGUUUUCGUUAGUCGUAAAACACCGAGUUUAUUAGUAUAUAUCUAUUAAGUCACUAUUGCAAUCUGUGAAAUUGAUCUACUGCGAUUUUUUUUAUAUAUAGCAACCCAGAAGUAUUAAGUUUAUGGUAAUUUGUAUAAGUUUUUAAAUUAUAUUUGGCUUAAUGAAUAACGAUGUCCAUUACUUUAAGAAUUGAUGACUAGCACAUGUUCCGAUUAUUAUAAAACAUUUUAUCCUGCUGUAAGCUUAGAAAAUUGUCAUAAUAAUUUAUUUUGAUGCGAACAAUUUAUAUUUUUGUAUUUAAAAAUCAAUACUCAAAUCGAAAACAAAUUUAUAAUUUAGCUAUGUAUACUCGUGUUAGAAUUGAAUUAAGUAAGUACACACGGUUCUUUUUUAGCUUUCAGUAUUUUUGUACAAAUUAUAAUUUACAUUAUUA